AUGGGACAUCACUCUUGCUGCAACAAACAGAAAGUUAAAAGAGGCUUAUGGUCACCUGAAGAAGAUGAAAAACUCAUCAACUACAUCACUACUUAUGGACAUGGUUGUUGGAGUUCUGUACCUAAACUUGCUGGUUUGCAAAGAUGUGGAAAAAGCUGUAGAUUAAGAUGGAUUAAUUAUCUAAGACCUGAUUUGAAACGUGGAAGCUUUUCUCCUCAAGAAGCUGCUCUUAUUAUUGAACUUCAUACCAUUCUUGGCAACAGGUGGGCACAGAUAGCAAAACAUUUACCAGGAAGAACUGAUAAUGAAGUGAAGAACUUUUGGAAUUCAAGCAUAAAGAAGAAACUACUUUCACAUGAUUUUGUUCCUUCUUUAACUACAUUUUCUGAUCAUAUUCACUGUCCUAGAAAUGAAACUUUCUUCCCUUUAUUAAAUGACAAUCCUAUCCUUCAUAACAACUCUCAUCAUCAAUAUCACUUAGAUCAUCGUCUAUACUUUCCCAUCAAUCUUCCAUCUCCAAUCCUACAAGAUCAAAAUGAUCAUAUCAACAAUAUUGAUAAUGAUAUCAACAACAUUUUCAAUGCCAAUUUUCAUAAUCCAACUUUGCCACAAACACUUCCUUGCUCCAAUACUCUUAUUUCAUCUUCUUUUGACCAAUUUGAUACUUGCUCAUUCAUUCAUCAUCUCAAUCCAAAUAUUCACCAAAACUUUAAUAUUGUUGACAAUUUCAUCAAUAAUAAUAAUCCAAACACAAUAUGGCAACAUCAACCGCAACCGCAACAGCAACAACAAUAUGACACUAGUAGUCAUCAUUUGGUGGAACUUGAUCAUUCUAUUGUGCCAAAAGUUUGUGAAAUUGAAACCAUUAAGGAUAAUUUUGUUUCUAGCAUCCCAUUUUCUUCUUCUGAUUCACAACAUCAUCAUCAUGAUGAUCUUAUCCAUGAAAUUGUGGCUGCAGAAGCCAAUAACAAUGAUGUUCAUCGAGCUUUGGAGUAUAAUAUUAUGGAUGCUCUCAUCAUGUCAUCAUCAUUACCAUCCUCAACAACAACAACAACACCUUCAUCAUCACCACCUCUAUCAUUCUACCAAGCACCAGAAAAAAUUCUCACAAAACCUAUCCUUCCUUCAUCAUAA